UCUUCGCAGCCUCAGAGAAGCCAUGGGAGCCUGCCGCAUCCAGUAUGUCCUGCUCCUCUCUCUGCUGGGCUUCUCCCCCUGCUCAGAUACUCUGACCUGUCAGAUGGGGUCCAUGGUGCGCCUGGGCAAGGGCUUCAGUUACACGGCAGUUGAAUGGAAAGAACAGAAUACUGUGAUAACUAAGGGUGAAGAGAUGUGUCAGGAGAUACUUGUGCUCAUAGAUGUAGGUAAACAGUCUGUCGUGUUUGGGAGCAAAGGCCCCAGCAUAGAGAGUCAUAGGAACAUCAGAAACACCACGGUGUUUUCCCCUGGACCUGGAAUAAAGGCUAUCAUUUUUUACCACGUAUGUGACGUUGAACUGUGCAACAGAGCUAACAGCACCAAAGUCCUAAUUGACUCCCUCCCUCGUUUAGCCCCUGCUGUGCGAGGAAAGACCACGUGUCCGGUCUGCUUGCAUUUUAAGGGUUCCUGCCUCAGCAAUUCCACCACAGCCUUCUGUCCUAGAGGCACUCGUUGUUAUGCUAGUGAAUUGACCCUCCACGGAGGUGGCCUCAGUGCAGCCUUUAGCAUUACUGGAUGUCUGGUCUAUCCUCAAAAACUCUUAUUGAAAAAUCAAAGUUCAUUUGGAACAGUCUCCAUGACAGAAAUCCGUGUUCCAUCAAAGAGCAGCAAUUCAUUCUCACAUGUGCUCGUCCUGAGCUCCCUCCUGGCCUGGAUGUUUGGGCUCAGCCCUCUUCUCAGCCCGUUGUCUGCAGAGAUCUGUCCUCUCUGCUGAGCCCAUUUCUCUGUCAGUCUCAAUCCCUCCUGGCCACCCAUACCCAGCCCUCCUCUGACUUCAUAACCCAAAGACCUGAGACUGGGCGCUGUCGCCUGCGCUGUCGGGCCUCAUCCCUCAGCCACACACCUCGGCCUCCUCCUGCUUAGAUAUGGGAGCCACUGGACUCACCCGGCUCCAGAGCAGACAGCCACGCACUGACCACACAUGUGGAAAAAUAAAGUUGCUGUUGUUUACCAAA